ACUGCCGCUCCCACAGUCCUUUGCGUCAGAAGAUGGCGGGGAGUAUAUAAAAUUUUUGGCGCAUCCGCGGAUGACGCAGUUUUUGCGUUUUGAUAGCACAACAUUGCGGGAUACUUUGGCACAGGCGGUUCCAAAGAGUUGAGCUUCAACAUGCCGAAGAGUCGGCAGAAGCGUGACACGUGGAGCAAGUGUCCGUGGGCAGAGUUGGAGAAGGGCCAUUCGCAGUGGCAAUACUGCUGUGGUCAAGGACUGCCUGCAGAAGGGCAUGGACCCUAACAUGGUGCUGAAGAGUGGGAUGACAGCACUCCACCUGGCUGUCAUGUACAGGCAUGACAGGUGUGCACGCCUCCUGCUGGAAAAUGGAGCCAGAGCAGACAUCCACGAGGCUACCGGCGGCCACACCCCACUACACGGAUGUGCCAGAUGGGGCUACAUCCGCAUAGCACAGACCAUCCUGGAGUUCAACUCCUCCCGGGAGGUCGUCAACGCCCAGAACAACCAGGGCCACACCCCGCUGCACCUCGCCGUCGUGCACAAGGACGAAACGGUCGGCGUGGAGCUCGCGAGGGUCCUGCUUGACUGCGGAGCCAACUGGAACAUCUCCACCUUCAAGAGGGGCACCACGCCUUUCGUGAACGCCAUACAGUACCGCAAGCUCUUGUGCUUGCAGACUUUUCUGGAAAAGGGGGCCAACCCCAACCUGGGGAAGGGGUGGCCGCUGCACCAUGCCUCAGACACUGUCGACUAUGACCUGGCCAAACUGUUGUUAAUGUACGGGGCCAAGGUGGACGUCUGGGACCAGGGGGGCUUCAACCCCAUGUUUGGGGCCGUGUUCAAAGAUAACGUCAGGUUUGCCAGACUGCUGUACGACUUCGGAAUGGACCCGAUGAGGGUGUCGGAGAAGCUGAUGCUCUCGCCGUAUCAAGUUGCACUGGCAAUGUCCAAGAGGGCUGGGUCUACAACAGAGACAUUCAAGUUUUUUGAAAACAUCAAAAACAGACCACGGAGACUGCAGGACCUGUGCCGACUGUGCAUCAGGGACACAGUCCAACCUGGACACUUCCACUUGCUGUGUGAGCUGAAGGAAUACCUAACCCUGGUCAUGUACGAGUACCUGCUACACAAGGAGUAGGACGUUGGCAUCUUCAUUGGGAUAUUACAUAUUGCCAAAGGUCAAAGUUUUAACAGCACACUUCUGUAAGGUCACCUGUUAUUGAAACUUUUUGUGUUACCUUUUUUCUGUCAAAUGGAUUUUGUUUUUUAAUAAGACUGUAAAGUGUAAUAAUUUUUAUUACAUACUGUACAAGCAUUUUCCCUGUAGGUCCAGGCUUUUACUUACUGAGAUCAGUGUGCAAAAAAGCAGUCUAAGAGUGCUAAAUACAUUAAUCUGAAGACCAAUUUUAUUUUUCACUCACAUUAUACUUUUGAAGAAACACAGUUUUUAUUGAGGUGUACACGAAAUCUGAAUUUUUCUGGAUACAUUUUUGCUGACAGUAUUUGACACACAUUAACAGGAGAUUGACACUGCCUUGUCUUGAAGCAUUUUUAUUCUCCCAACAGUGGUAGAAUCAUUGCCACAAAUUUGAUCCCCCUCUUUCCAUUGUGUGCAAAGUGUAUAAGAAUAUAAGAAAAUUAGAUAAACAUAUUAUAUGAUCCCUCAUCAUUUUUUCUUGCUGUUAUCACAAUAAUUAUAUAUGCUAUAUAAACAUGUAUAUCACAUAAUAUAUACUUGGUAAACAAAUGUAUUUAUCAAUAUAAAGUAAAUUUAUAGCUGAGCUGAAAGAGACAUGUUUACUGCAUACACAAUCAUGUAAUAGUUUGCUUUUAGAGUGUGAAGUGACCAAAUGGAAAGGUAAAGACCAAAUGUUGACAAAUUUGUUUUAGUUUCCUGAUGCCUCUGCAAUAGAGUUCCUUGUCUGUUACCUUUCCUUUUUAUUUUAAGAGCCAAGAAGUACUGGCAUGACUGUAGAAGAAAGAAAACAGAAAAACUUUUUGAUGCCUGUAAAGUGUUAUCUUCAGUUCUGAGUUGUUUUAUUUCUUGCCAAAUGUCUCAAGUGCAUUAAUACAUGUAUUUGCUCAGCGUGGAGUUAUAAUGGGUGUAUAAGGCCACACCAAUUUAAUUUCUUGGUUAACAGAUUUUUUCUAGAAAAAUAAUGGAGCAGGAGGGCGAAAAAAAUAAUAAUAAAA